CUGAACAUAACGGCAGACAAGAUUCAAUUCUCAUGUCCCACAUAGGUCAGAGUUAAAAUCUAUAUAUACCAAGAAUACUAGAGAUGAAGUUUGUUGCUCUCAUAUCAGGUGGAAAAGAUUCUUUCUAUAAUAUUAUGCAAUGUAUGAACAAUGGGCAUACGCUCCUGGCGCUAGCUAACUUACAUCCAAGCGAUUCUUCGGUGAAUGAACUUGACUCGUUCAUGUUUCAGACUGUCGGACAUGACAUUAUUGAAUAUUACAGACAAUGCAUUGACGGUGAAGUUCCCCUAUACAGACGCGCUAUAAGUGGGAGCUCUUCAAAUGUUUCUCUUGAAUACGAAGUCACCAGUAAUGAUGAGACGGAAGAUUUGUAUGAAUUGCUUAAGGAUAUAAAAAGACAGCACCCUGAUAUCGAGGGGGUUUCUUGUGGAGCAAUUCUAUCACAUUAUCAAAGGACACGAGUAGAAAAUGUAUGUGAUCGGCUAAAAUUGACUUGCUUAGCCUAUCUUUGGCAAAGCGAUCAGUCAGAGCUUAUGCUGGAAAUGUGCCAACUGGGCCUAGAGGCAAUCUUGAUUAAAGUUGCAGCCAUAGGACUUACCGAAAAACACUUGGGAAAACUGUUGCUGGAAAUGUUGCCUAUAUUGAUAAAGCUUAACGCCAUGUACGAUGUACACAUUUGUGGAGAAGGUGGGGAAUUUGAAUCUUUAGUUCUUGAUACGCCUUUCUUUGUUAAAAAAUUACGUGUUAAACACCUGAAGAUUAUUUUGCACUCCCUGGAUGCUUCUUAUCUUUCUCUCGAAGUCGAGGUUGUGGAGAAAGAAAAAAAUGACCAGACUGCAUCCUUAUCAUGCCCCUCUUUAUUUCUAGAAAAUUUUGAGGCUUUAGGAAGCGGACUCUCUGAAAUGCCCAAUUAUGUUGCAAAUUCAAGCAAUCAUCAAGGUGCACACUUUAAUAUUCGAAAGUCGAGAUGUCAUACCCGGCAAACGCUUUAUUUGGGAAAUUUGACGAGCACUCUACCAAGCAUAGAGGAGCAAACUGGGGAGAUUCUCACUCAUAUUAAAAAAUACCUUUUCAAGGACGAUUGUCUGCUUUCACGAAUUCAACAUAUGACUGUCCUUGUUCGAAACAUGGCAGACUUUUCCAAAAUCAAUGCCGUAUAUGAAACUUUUUUUCGCGGUAUCUUUCUUCCUCCUUCGAGAGUUUGUGUUGAAACAACUCUUCCAGCGCCUUAUUUGUUACAGAUAUCCUGCAUGGUCAUGCAAGAGCCAAGUGUUAAAUCAGGAAUUCAUAUACGCUCCAGGUCCUAUUGGGCACCUCAAAACAUUGGACCAUAUUCACAGGCCAUAGUUGGAACACGCGAAACAUUCAAAAUUGCAACAUUAUCGGGCCAAAUACCUUUGAUACCUUGUGAUAUGGUCAUCAAUCAUUCCAUGCAAUCCUCCAUGCAAUCAAUAAUCUCUUUGCAACAUCUCUACAAAGUGAAAGCACUCAUUAAUGUGGGGAAAAUAGCCAACAUAAUUUGUUACAUCACUGAAGAAAUACCGCCAGCUUUGGUCGCUGAAAUUUGGAAGCGCUACAUUAGCGAAAUUGAAAUUAGUCAAUGCUUUUUGGAUCACUUGCUUAUUUUACAAGUAACGGCAUUACCGCGGGGAGCUAUCGUUGAAUGGGGAGGAUUGACUUUUGAGAGAACUUUUGACAUGUACGCUGAAGACAGUGACGACGAACUGACAUCAGUGUCCAAUACAAGAGAAAAUAUCACAGGAAGGUUUGAUGUUGUCUCUGUACCUUUAGGAGAUGAACUCUUUACCAAGUUCACAGGUCAAGAUAUUAAUGAUUUGAGGGAGUUCUUAAGUGAUCCACUUGUCAAGAAUACUUUCGUAAAUGUAUUUUCUGACCUUGAUACGAUACACAGAUUAUCCAACCUGGGAUUUGAUGCAGAAUGGACACCGGUAGUCACUGUCUUCGACAAUAAUGGACUGAGAUGUAAUUAUGGUGUGAUAUGGAUAAGCUAGAAGAUAAAUUAUCACUUAUGUAAUUUUCUCCGUGUAAGUGUAAGACUAUAUAACGAAAGUUGGGUGUUUAUCAGAAAUAUUACCUUCUUCGCGAUAUUUUUUUCAGAUAAUUGC